AAUCAUCACUACGUCAUUAGCGCGCGACAAGGGACAUCCUGCACAAACCCGCAAUUUUUAAAUAGCCAAGCUACUAUUAUUUAUUUAUUAUAUUUAGUCACUGGACUACUCGAUUAAAUGGCAACCCGCAAAACCACGCCGUGGUCAGUUGAGGAGGUGCAGACAUUCCUCGGUUUGGUUGCCGACGAAAGGAUCCAGCGAGAGCUGGAUGGAGCAACGCGUAACGAGAAGGUCUACCAAGAAGUCUCUGAACUGUUGGCCGCAGACGGCUACCAAAGGACAUUCCAACAGUGUAGGGAAAAGUUAAAAAAACUUAAAAGUGACUACAGAUCUAUCAAGGACCACAACGGCCGGAGUGGUUCGUACAGAAAGAGUUGGAAGUGGUUCGACCAGAUGGACGCUAUAUAUGGCCAUAGACCGGUGAGUAAUGGGAGGGAGGGCGGCCUCGACCCGGCCACGGCUUUGUUGGAGCCCCUGACGGAGGAUGAUGACGUUUCGAUAAGCGAGGAGGGUUCAAUGACUCUCGAUGACGCCCCGUUGGUACCAGCAGCAGCACCGACACGGGCAGCCUCCAGCGCCAACAUGACACCGCAGCGUGUAUUCACAGGCAAGAGGAAACGGCAACAGGAACAGGAGCAUAUGACUGUCCUGAAGGAGAUGCAGGCAGCAGAUGUGGAGCAACAGGAGCUGACCCGGGCACAGCGUGAGCGGCAUCUCCAGAUGGCCCUCGAUGAUGCGGUACAAGCGAGGGAGCUGGAAGCGGCCUUGAGGAGAGAGGAGAAUGCUGAAGCCGCAGCCUUUAAUCAGGCCUUCCUCGCUACGCUGAGCCAGCUUGUGCAGGCGUUGAGUGGCCGACGUGACCCGGUUCCUCCGUCCAAGCAUGGCGCCCAGUUGGGACCAGCAGCAGCACCGACACCGGCAACCUCCAGCGCCAACAUGACACCGCAGCGUGUGUUCACAGGCAACGGGAAACAGGAGCAUGUGACUGUCCUGAAGGAGAUGCAGGCAGCAGAUGUGGAGCAGCAGGAGCUGACCCGGGCACAGCGUGAGCGGCAUCUCCAGAUGGCCCUCGAUGAUGCGGUACAAGCGAGGGAGCUGGAAGCGGCCUUGAGGAGGGAGGAGAAUGCUGAAGCCGCAGCCUUUAAUCAGGCCUUCCUCGCUACGCUGAGCCAGCUUGUGCAGGCGUCGAGUAGCCGGCGUGACCCGGUUCCUCCGCCCCUGGACUAGACCGGGUUCCUCCGCCCCUGGACUAGACCCGGUUCCUCCGCCCCUGGACUAGACCCGGUUCCUCCACCCCUGGACUAGAGCCCUCAUGCCUUAUGUAUAUAGUUUGUACUUUGCACUCAUUUGUAUUUGCAUUACAUAUAACAUUUAACUCAUGUACAUAGUUUGCCAUGUUGCUCUGAUUUGUUUGCAUUUGAAAAUUUACAUUGUUCUAUUAAUGUAUAUAGUUUGCUUUUUUAUUUGCAUUGUUUGUUAAAUAAACUGUUUUGUUACUUGUUA